CUCUCGUGUCGCGGUUCUUGUUCCCUCUUGAUUUCUGCUCAUUAAAUCAGAGCAUCCCUGAACCAAUCAGAAGCCGCUGUGAAUCUUAGUGGACUGCAUCACGGCCGGGUCACCCAAUCCAAACAAAGACCCCCAGCUCCAUUCAGACACGCGCUCCCCGCCCCUCCCUCCGGCUCUUCGUCUCCUCUCAAAGUUUGGUUCGCAGCUGAUGAAGAUGCUGAGCUGAUGAUCACUUUUGAUGGUCUCCUCCAACCUGCCGGACAGAAAAGAGACGCUCCCGGAUCUGGAUCGGACCCGAACACAAACGGAACUUCGUCCUGCUUUCCUGGAGCAUUUGGGAUUUGGAAUCUGCCCGCUGACUGAGAUGGGCUUUGAGUCCAGAAAGAAAGUGAAGCUGUUUUAGUUGAAGUCUGGAUUGUGGAGAUCGGCCCCCGCAGCCCCAUCCCCAGUCCUCCCGGGCCUCCCUCAGAGGCGGUAAUGCUAGCGGUGGGUCAGAUGGACGGGUCCCGACAGAGCGCCUUCCUCCUCAGCACUCCACCUCUGGCAGCUCUGCACAGCAUGACCGAGAUGAAGACCCCCUUGUACCCGGCCUACCCCCUCUCCUCCACCUGCCCCAACUCCUCCACCUCUCCCGCCACCACAUCUCCCAACCCAGGCGGCAUGGCUGUGUCUUCCCCCGGAAUCAAGAGUUCCACCGGGCUGUCCUCGGGCCUCGGCUCCCCGCAGCAGUGCUCCUCUGCAACUCCGCACGGAAUUAACGACAUCCUCAACCGGCCUGUCGUCUCCUCAGCUGGCACCACGGCGGUCGUAGCUGCCGCAGCAGCCGCCGCCUCCUCAUCUGCUGGGAUUCUGUCAGGACUGCCCAGGUUCAGCAGCCUCAGCCCGCCGCCACCUCCCGGACUUUACUUCAGCCCCAGCGCGGCGGCUGUGGCGGUGGCCCGGUACCCGAAGCCGCUGGCUGACCUCCCGGGCAGGACGCCGAUCUUUUGGCCAGGAGUUAUGCAAAGUCCGCACUGGAGAGACGCCAGGUUCGCUUGUUCACCCCAUCAGAACUCAGUUUUACUGGACAAAGAUGGGAAAAGGAAGCACACACGGCCCACUUUCUCUGGACAGCAGAUCUUUGCGCUGGAAAAGACUUUUGAACAAACCAAAUAUCUGGCGGGGCCGGAGAGAGCGAGGCUGGCCUACUCUCUGGGGAUGACGGAGAGCCAAGUGAAGGGACCAGACUCCCAGCCGGCCUUCUGCCCGGGAUGCGGCUCACACCUGCCGCUUCGAGCCCCGUGUUCCGCUCUGGAGGCUGAGGCUUCAUCUCACGGAUCCGUCCUCACUUAA